UGGCACGUGGCAGGGCUGGGCGCCCAGCUGCCUGCGGGAACGGGAAGAUGAGCCUUCCCUCGGGGCCCCGCUCCCUGCGGCUCCACCGGGCCUCGCCCCCCGCGGGCCCGCCGGUGGGGGACCUCCAGAGCACCUGUGAGCUUUCAGUGGUACAGGAGUGAUGAUGAAGCACAUGGAUCCAUUCAAGGGUUAAAGUCUGCAACUUUGCGUUUAACUGCCUGCUUCACAGAGCCACCUCAGGGUUAACCAAACAUCCUUGCCGAGGGGCCUUGAGGUUUAUGGGAGAAAGAGGAAGUCACAGGUUCUGGGUUUAUUUUUCUCCUGGCUGUAUUGUUUGGCUGCUGUCAGAAUGCAUCCACUCCGUCUCCCUUCUCCACUCCAGCCGGCAAAGCUGUCCCCUGGUAUCUCCCGUCGUGGAGCUUAACGUAGGAGGCGAGUUGUACACCACCACCGUGAGCACCCUGAGAAAAGUCCCGGGUUCAAAGCUGGCAGAGAUGUUCUCCAGCUCCACUAAGGCCUGCCUAGAUGCAGAAGGCCGCUUCUUCAUCGAUCGUCCCGGCACUUAUUUCGGACCCGUCCUGGACUACCUGCGCAGCGAGCAGCUGCCCACACAGCACAUCCCGGAGGUGUACCGUGAGGCGCAGUUUUACGAAAUCAAGCCUUUGGUCAAGCUCUUGGAGGACACGCCGCAGAUCUUUGGUGAGCAGGUGGCUCGGAAGCAGUUCCUGCUGCGGGUGCCCGCCUACAGCGAGAACCUGGAGCUCAUGGUGCGCUUGGCACGCGCCGAGGCCGUGGCGGCACGCAGCUCCACAGUGCUGGUGUGCGUGGUGCGCACUGAAGAAGAGGCAGCCCAGUGCGCAGAGGCCCUGCGCGUCUUCGAGUUUGAAAAGAAGUCGGUUGUCAAGUUUGGACCUUGGAAGGCAGCCCCGCAGGUCAAGGACCUCCUGGACUGCGUGAAGAUGGACAUUGCAGCCCAGGGGUACCAGGUAUACUAUGAACACUACUCCGAGAGAACAUUACGGGCCAAGUAUUUGAAUUACUUUUAUACAUUCCUCUUCAUCUGGUGGUGAUCCCCAGGGGCCAGGGGCAGAGGCAGUGUGUUAUGGGUUCUGGUGGGACUUAUGAAAUUGAAAAUUGCCUUCAAAAGCCAUCUUCCAGGGGAGCCUCGGUGGCACAGUCGCUAAGCGUCGGACUUGAGCUCAGGUCAUGAUCUCACAGUCCAUGAGUUUCAAGCCCCCCUUCAGGCUCUGUGUGGACUCAGAGCCUGGAGCCUGCUUCAGAUUCUGUGUCUCCCUCUCUUUUUGCCCCUCCCCUGCUGGUGCUCUGUCUCUCUCUCUCUCUCUCUCUCUCUCUCGCAAAAAUAAAUAAACAUUAAAAAAAAGUUUUUAAAAAGCCAUCUUCCUUUAAUUUCAUAAACAAACAUCAAACAGUUUCUAAGGUGGUCUAGGAGGCUGGCCCCCUAAUAAUUGUCUAUCCCCCUGCUGAGAAUUUUGUGCUCACUGCAACUGACUCCACUGUGCUUGCCUCAUGAGGUGCAGCUGCUUCCUCUUUAAAGCCUCACCUACCUGCCAGACGCUUCCAGUCAAGUCCAAAACAAGGCUGAGGUGAGUUGGAAUGUUUUGACAAUGCUUUGGCUGGAGAUGUGGGAUGAUAACAGGAAAAUAACAGGAUACCACUGACCUAGAUAAUACGAUCCGAAAAUACAAUCUACUCAGCCUCAGCUUGUGGUCUAAUCCUUUAGCCCUGUUAUGUGCUUUCACGAGGAAGAUGCCAAGUUCAUACCUAUGGUAGACGCCACUCAGAUCUCCCUUUUCCAAAUGCUGUGUUGACUGCUGUAGCUUCACAGCUGUUUUCUCUAGAGCAGUGAUUCUCAAAAGUGUGGUCCCUAGACCAGCAGCAUCAGCAAUACCUGGGAGCUUCUUAGAAAUACAAAUUCUCUGGCCCCCACCCUUGACCUACUGAAUCAGAAACAGUGUUGGCCCAACAGUCUGUUUUAAUAAGCCCUCCAGGUGAUUCUGAUGCACCCUAAUUUUGAGAUCUGCUCUGGAAAAGAAUUGCCAUCUUGCUUGUGUAGAGAUAGAGAAGACUGAGCCCUUACCUCAAAGGAGGAAUCAAUUCUGGUGCAGUUCCUGUUCUGGGCCUCCUUGUGGGAUCAGGUGAAGUCAGUCCUCAUUUGAGGCCACAUUCUGUUUGUUUGUUUUUAACAUUUAUUUAUUAUUGAGAAACAGAGCAUGAGCAUGGGAGGGGCAGAGAGAAGGGGAGACACAGACUCUGAAGCAGGCUCCAGGCUCUGAGCUGUCAGCACAGAGCCUGAUGCGGGGCUCGAACUCACAAAUCAUGAGAUCAUGACCUGAGCCGAAGUCGGACGCUUAACCGACUGAGCCAUCCAGGCGCCCCUUGACGCCACGUUCUUAAUUAGGAUUCUUCUUCUGCUGUAUCCUACUUCUCUCCCUUUCCCCUGAGAGCACAUCCCCAAUAUACCACUUGCACAGAGUCUCUGUUUCAGGCUCUGCUUCUCAACCUGACAGUAACAGAACUCUAAGGAGGACAUGGGUAGACAUUCAAUCUUUUCCAAGUCCAAGUCUGGGAGAGACAACCCCCUUCCUCUCCUGCCUGCUAGGGUGACCAUCUGUCCUCAAGAUCAAGGUUAAUUUUCAGGGUUUAAGGAAUUACUACUAUCAGGGAGUUUAAUUUUAAACAUAAUUGCUCAGAAUGGUCAUUUUUUCUUAUUUUCAAAAAUUUCCCCAUGUUUUCCUUUUGGUAUUUAAUAUGGCUGCCAAUUUUAAGUGGAAAAAUCCUGAAUAUUUGAACUUUUUAUCAUGAACCAUUUCAUUAUUUAUCAAGAACCUGAAAAAAAAAGUUUAUACUCUUUGGUCAGUAAUUACAUUUAUGAGAUUAGAUUCCCAGGAGAUACUCUUUUCCAUAAGAACUAAAUAGGAUUGCUUAAAAUCUCAAUUUUGUGAAUUCUGAAAAGGUCAAUGUCCUCCUGAAGAUUUCUGCAUAUUCCCGGAGGGUUUGUUUUCUUAUGGUCCGUUCUGGUUCUCUGCUUCUGCUGGAUUCAUGGAUCAUCUAGAUGUCUUCAGCUUGUUGUUGCUGUUCUAUACGAUGCUCACCCAGGUUGAACACUCCUAUCUUUUUCUUAAUUUUUACAAAUGCUGCUUCCACAAGCCAUUUGUGAACGUAGCAGACUGUGGCAAAUGCAGGCAAAUAAAAUGGAGGUAGUUUACAAGACAGAAAUGCAAAUAACUUCAAACUGAGAGUAUUCGACACAUCUGUUCUUAAAAAAUCUCAGUCACCCCCAUCACUAGGAACUUUUCACUAGUAGAUUGUGUUUGUUUCCUGUUUUUUUUUUCCCUCCCUGUUCUUGCCAUGCUUCUCUGUAGGUGGGAGUAAUCUUCCCCACCCCACUGACUUCAUGCUUGGCUUCAUGACCUAAUCUGGCCAAUGGAAUAUGCAUGGAAGUGACUGUGCCAAUCCCAAAUUCAGGCUUUAGAAGCAUGCCAAGUUUCCAUCAGCCCUCUUGUGUUCUUGUCAUUUACCAGGAGAAGACCACGUUCCAGUUUAGCUGCCUCUUUUAUUGCUUUGGCUGUAGCCUGCAUGCAUGCCCAUAGGAUCUCACUCUCUUCCUGAACGAUUUACCAAAUUAUUGUAUUAAACAAAGGCAAUUUCAACAUUCCCUCCCCAAUCCCAAUCCAUAAUACAGUUAAGAUAACAUACUAUUUUUAUCCCACUUAAAUUAUAAAAGCAAAACAAUGGGAAAUAAGUCAAGUGUAUUGUAUUACAUCUAUAUAAUGCAAUGUUAUACAGCAAUUAAAAUUAUAUUUAUAGAGGCUUAAAAUUAUUGGGGAGGAGAAUACUCAUUUAAUUCAAUGCAAUUUAAUUUAAUUUGUGCUCCAAAAAAGGACUUAUGGUGGUGGGGUUUACAGGACUAUGAAAAAAAGAAAUAUCCAAAAAUAUAUUAAUUAAAAGUACAUAAAUUAAGUGGAAACUCUUAGUUGCCUACCCAAUAAUACCAUCUCCCCCUUUCUUGUUUCCUAAUAGGAGAAGCAAAAUAGUAAAGCACAUUAAUAAUGUUCAAAAAAUGAUCUCUGGCCAUAUGCAGGGGUAUAUGACACUUUUCUGAUCUAUUGGGAUUAACUAAAGAAAAUUAGAGUCAAAGGAGGAAAACUUAAAACUGAAUGGUAAAUAUAACUGUCAUUAUGAUCCGAAGGAAAACAUAAAGACUGAACCCUGUGAGAUUGCCCUCAUGGAGGCACCCUAGUUCAUAGCUCUAGCCUGGUUUUCACGUCUACAUUGUUCUCCUAGAGGACUUUUUUUUUUUUUUAAUCCUCUAUUGAUUAUCCCAUCCUCUCCUACUCCCCUCGCCAUCCAUUUCUGCUCUGUUCAGUGUCCUCGAAAUCUGAUCCCUAGGUACUGCAUGCCCAAGCCCCUUCCUGGUUGUCCAAAGACUUGGGAAGUACUAGAAUGAAAGAUCCAUGAUAACAAAGCCUGGGGAGUCUGUGUGUGGAUGGACCUCUUCGAGUGGGGAAAAUAUUUGUGUUUCUUAAAAAUGGCCACUAGAGGGCACCCAUUCUAGAAGAGGCUCUCAAAAAAUAAAUGGACUCGACCAUCUAACCUCUGGAUGUCAGUCAGCCUCUUUUUCCAGCUCCCAAGUGCUUGCUAAAUAGAAUCAUGAAAAAGGUGGCCAUGAUGGCUAUGAAUGGGCUCUACAAUAUAGAUUUCCUCUUACCAAAGCCAGUCUGGCUCCUGAUGGAUGUCCAACAGCAGAUACCAACACUGAGCUCCUGAUACAGUAUUAUUCCUGGGGAGGGGGAGAGUGAGGAAACUAGACACUUCUUGGUGAUAGGUUGAUUGCACUGUAAAUCAGUUAGCUAGACUGCUCUGUAACAAACUGUUGGAAGCAACACUGACAUUUCUAAGCAAAUGGCAUUGACACCUUUGUUUGACGAUGUUUGCAAAACUUCUUAGGGGUAAGGAGAUAUACUUACAAUACAAAAGUAUAAAUAAAUAAUAGUAAUAAAGUUAAUGAAGUUGGUAUCACCGUCCAAUCCUGGAGCUAUCUCAAGAUGAGUUAAAAAAAAAUGUCUCCCACUGAGUUGGAAGGCAGAUUUGUUUUCUGACCAGUAUGAUAAAGUCUCUCUCCAGAGGGCAGGUUUGCUAGCAUUCCUCUCUUAAGAUUGAGGGUUUCCUAAGCUCCGUGUUCUUCAUCUGUGUUGCAGAUCUAUUGUGUGCAUGACAUUUACCUGCAUCACCUCCAUGGUGCUUGGGGAGCAAAGGGAACCAAUGAAAACAUGAAAUUCAUGCUACCUGCUAUCAUGUGAAUAAUAAACUAUCUAGAUCCAUUUGGACUUGUCUCCUUACCAACUGAACCUAUGUGUCAAAUCAACUUAGCAUCUUAGGGACUGUCUGACCACAUGAAAACCUCCUGACCCCCGAACUUAGUGCCUUAAGGUUAUAAUCAUAUAAGGUUUUGCUCACAAAACUACAGAUUGGGCAAUUCUUCUGGUCUUGGUUGGGCUCCCUCAUGCAUCUGUAGUCAGAUGGUGGAUCAGCUGGGGUGGGCUGGUCUAAGAUGGCCUCAGCGGGGUCAGCUUGGCUUGUUCCAUCUGGUCACUCAUUAUUCAGCAGACUUGAGUGCACUUAUUCUCAUGGCAAUGGUAGGGUUCCAAAAUCAAACAAAAGGCCUGGGGAUGCUUAAUUGACUGAGCUACCCAGGCACCCCCAGAGAUUCCAGCUCUUAAUGGAAGCAGCUUCAAGGAUGGAUUUCAGAGGGUACACAUACAGAGAGGGGGAGUAUCAGAGUCAUUUUUGCAAUCAUUCUACCACAUACUGGAUCCUUUCCAUCAGGGAGGGAGUGGUGAUUGGUCCUCACAGGAGUAGAUACAUAUUCCAGAUUUAGAUUUGGCUUUCCUGCUGCUAUAGAUUGGAUUCGUGUGUCCCUGCCACCCCCUACCCUGCCCCAAAUUCAUGUGUUGAGAUCCUAAUCUGCAUUGUCAUAGUUAUUCCAAAGGUGGGGCCUUUGGGAGAUAAUUAAGUCAUGAGGUAGAAUCCUAAUGAAUGAAAUUUGUGGGUUUUUUUUGUUUGUUUUGUUUUGUUUUUGAGCAGCAGGCAAAAGUUUAUUACAGUAUAAAAUUAGAAAGGAA